GCGGUUAACCUUUGAUUCAGAAGAAACUAUUUUCAUUCCUCUACCAGGGAGGUAGUCGGAGAGAAUCUUCUUCCGGAGGAAGACCGGAAGUCGCUUCUCCGGCUUGAGGAGGGUUCCUCGGGCGCACGGGCUCCCCUGCUGCAGCGCUGGUUCCGCCCGGCCUGGUCACGUGGUCGCAAAGAUGGCAGCGCCCAGGAUACGCCAGGAGCGCCGCGGCUGCUGACCGGUUCUCGGCUUCCUUGGCGCUGUCACCGCGACCCGCUUCGACGCGUGCUGUAUGUGCGGAGCUCAGCGACGAGUGCCCGUGGCAGAGAGCACGCUGGUUAUGGAACCGGCCAUGUGGAGCACUAGUGGGAAGGCGAUCACUAUGGUGACGGAGCAGGAAGUGGAGGCCAUAGGGAAGACUCUGGUGGAUCCCAAAGAGCCCCUGCAGACCCGCUUCCGGGCCCUGUUCACGCUGCGGGGACUCGGUGGCCCGCAUGCUAUUGCCUGGAUCAGCCGAGGCUUUGAGGACAGUUCUGCCCUGUUGAAGCACGAGCUGGCCUACUGCCUAGGCCAGAUGCAGGACUCUCGCGCCAUCCCGGUGCUGGUGGAUGUGCUGUGUGACACGAACCAAGAGCCCAUGGUGCGCCAUGAGGCUGGAGAAGCCCUAGGGGCCAUAGGUAACCCGGAAGUUCUAGAUCUUCUGAAGCAGUAUUCUACUGACCCAGUGGUUGAGGUGGCUGAGACAUGCCAGUUGGCUGUUGGGCGUCUGGAGUGGCUGCAGCAGCACCCUGGGGAGGUUGCAAGUUCAGGACCCUACCUGUCCGUGGACCCUGCACCCCCUGCGGCAGAACGGGAUGUGGGGCGGCUGCGGGAGACCCUGCUGGACGAGGCACAGCCACUCUUUGAGCGGUACCGUGCCAUGUUCGCUCUGCGCAAUGUUGGUGGCAAGGAAGCGGCCUUGGCCCUGGCUGAAGGCCUGCGCUGUGGCAGCGCCCUCUUCCGCCAUGAGGUGGGCUAUGUGCUGGGCCAGCUGCAGCACGAGGCGGCCGUGGGUGAUCUGGCGGCCACCCUGGCGCGGACCACUGAGAGUGCCAUGGUACGGCAUGAGUGCGCGGAGGCCCUGGGUGCUAUCGCCAAGCCCGCCUGCCUGGCUGCGCUGCGGGCUCAUGUCACCGACACCGAGCGCGUGGUGCGGGAGAGCUGUGAAGUGGCUUUGGAUGUAUAUGAACAUGAGCACUGCCUGGAUUUCCAGUACGCUGAUGGACUUGAGCGCCUGCGGCCACCACCAUAACAACCACACCCAGGACAGCACCCAGGACUCCACUGUCAUGAGACUUCCUGCUAUGGCUCCUUGUCACCCUGGUCCAGGGUUCUGUGGGCGGUGCCCCAGGGCUGACUUCCCUGCGUGAGACUGCCAGCUGCGCCCACUGUCCAGACUUAGGAGCUUUGUUUCCUGCCCCCCACCCGCCUGGCUGGGUGCUAGUGCACAGUACCCCCUCCUGGUGCUGUCCACCUGUGACUAUCACCUGUGCCCGCUCCAGACUGACCCAGUGUGUAAGCUUCCGGAUGUCAGGGAAUGAUCAGGCUUGAGAUGUGGGAGCAGGCUGUGGGGUCCCAGG